AUGGCGGUGGUCUCCAACCCACCCCCGAGCGCGCCGAUCGCGCUCGAUACCUUUCGCCCUGACUGCAACGACAGCGUCGUCCCCGCCAGCAACGGUCAUGCGUACCCACCGUCCGCCGCAGCGGUGGGGUCCGCUUGGCCGGACAGCUCGCCUCACAAGACCAUAGACGGAGCGGCGACGUCAAGGAACCUUGGUGAUGAAGGCAAGAAUAAGCCGUUUUCGGGCGAGAUGGUGGCCAAAGAACCCCUCCCGUACCCGGACACCACUCUGGCAUCGUACAUGGUCAAGCACCCAGACCACACAGUGGGUCGGGCCAUGAAGAAGAUGUACCCAAAGGCAAACCCCGUUGUCCGCCUGGCGUACCGCUUCCGAGUCAAGCACUCUGUCGUCGACGGCAUGACCGACAAGGAGCUCGCGUUCUGGGAACAACGUGGACCCGAGCUGCGUCGCAAGGCAGGCUGGAAGCUGCCCGGUGAGGACGCCGAGGGCGUCGAGGUCUCUGAGCUCUUUUGGAAGAUGUACCUCUCGCUCAUGCCCACCCUCACCCGCGACCCACUGGCCGGCAUGACUACGCCCGACUUGAUGGGAUCAACAACCACCAUGCCCCUCACCAUCAUCUCCCUCAUCCCAGACAUUAUGCGGCACUUUCGCGACGUCAUUGUCCGCGCUCAGACCGAAGUCUUCAUCGCCACCAACUACUGGCAACCGUCCAACUCGGUUACCACAGUGUCCACGGCGCUCAAGGACCUCUCGACCCGCGUGGUCAAGGCCGGCAGGCCAAAGGUCGUCGUCAAGCUCAUGUAUGACCGUGGAUCGUGGGCCCAGUUGUGGAAUGCGCAUGCCCCCGUGUCCGCUGUCGAAUGGAAGCCCCUCGACCUCCCGGACCCCGAGGAAAUCCCUGGCCUAGAGCUCGAGGUUGUUAACUUUCACAAGGUCCUGCUUGGUACCUUCCACGCCAAGUUUGUCAUUGUCGACCGCAAGGUGGUCCUCCUGUCUAGUAAUAAUAUCCAGGACCGCCCCAACCUCGAGCUCAUGACCCACCUCGAGGGCCCUAUCGUCGACUCUUUCUACGACGUUGCCCUUCACUCGUGGUACAACAAGCUCUCGCCCCCGCUCCCGUGCAUGGACAAGCCAUACGACCCCCCACGCGACGAGAGCGGCAACCCGUGCUACCUGUUCCGCGACCACAACCCAUACUUUCGUGAGAUCGAGGUGCUCAAGGCGGCGCGCGCGGCUCGCAAGCUUCUCCGUCUUCAAACAGAGGACAUUGACGCCGACCGUGCCCGCAAUCUCGCGUCAGCACACCCGGCACACGAGCGUCUUGUCGAGGCUGUCCGCCAGGCCAUGGCGUCGCAGCGUCAAAACCUCCAGCACGCUCAAGAGGAGAUUGCCCUUCGCUCAGCGCACACGAUGAAGGAGCUGCGUGGCUUUGGCGAGAGGAUGGGUUUCAGCAGCAGGCCAGGAAGCCGCCGUGCAAGCCAGACGGACCUGACCAAGCUCACCCGCGACUUUGACGAGGAGACGGCUGCCAACUCGGCAGCCAACGCGCGUCGCGCACCGGCACCGGCCUCGGAGGCCCGCACGUCGCCAACUCUUACCGAGCAGCGCGUCUUGGUGCCCCGCUCAAAGACCAUGCCUCUGCCGCAAUACAAGGACCACCACCCUCGUUUCAGCAUCGACGGCGGCAGCGAGUAUGGCGGCGACAGCACGACGGCGGCCACGUCUCAGCGCCAGAGCUUCCACUCGGCCCGCGAGACGUUUUCCGACCACCACCAGGUUGCCCCACUCAACAUUAACACCAACCUCGAUGCCCCAGGGAUUACGGGCAACCUGAUGGUCGACAGCCCCGUGGCUGACAACGCCGGCCUGCCUCGUCAGAGCAUCGAAGGCGUCCUGGCUGAGAAGACGGACGACGACGAUCACGACAAGGCCGACGGCGAGUCGCCCUUCCUUCACGAGUCGGAGAAGCCUCCCAAGCCGUUCCCUCCCCACAUUAUCACCGGCGCCGGCCUCCAGGGCAACACCGCGGGAAACGCCACUCCUCCCCGCUCGGGUGCGUCCACACCCCGGUACGGCUGGCAAGACGGCCUGCAUUCCGGUGCCCAGUCGCCGCUGUACUACCCCAGGAUGUCAAUGGACGAGGAGAUUCCCCCCGAGGGCGGUACCAAGCGCAUGUUCAAGCUCUCCAAGCGCUUCAACGCCGGCGCACUGAGCGAAGCAUGGGCGACGGUCGAGGACAGCGACGAUCUGGACCAGUUCCGCCCGCACGUCGUCCAUGCCCCACACGACCCGUUCCCCGUUGCCAUGGUGUGUCGUCGCCCACACGGCAUGCCCGGUCACCAGGACAUUCGCAACCCGCAAAACGCCGCGUGGCUCGCUGGCUGUCGCUAUGCCAAGAAGAAGGUGUUCAUCCAGACCCCGACGCUCAACGCGCGCCCCAUUGUGCGCGCUGUCAUGGCCGCGUGUCGCCGCGGCGUUGAGGUCCACCUCCUCCUCGACCUCGGCUUCAACGACAUGGGCGAGAGUAUCCCCGGCCAGGGCGGCACCAACGAGCAGGUCGUUGACCGCCUGUACAAGAAGCUCGGCUCCGAGGGCAAGUCCAAGCACCUCCACGUCUUCUGGUACACUGGCAAGGACCAGAUCCGUCCCCUGAACGCCGUCAAGAAGCAGCGCAACUGCCACAUCAAGCUGGCCGUCUACGACGACGAGGUCAUGAUCCUCGGCAACGGAAACCAAGACUCGCAGAGCUGGUUCCACUCGCAGGAGAUCAACGUCAUGCUCGACUCGAAGCAGGCGGUCGCCGAGCUCCUCGAGACUCUGCUCGCCAACCAAAACACCAUCAGGUACGGCGGUGUCGACGCCGACGGUGUCUGGCACGACAGCGAGGGCAAGACCCUCCAGGACUAUGGCGCGACGGGCGGAGGCGGCCUCAUGGGCGGCAUCCGCGCCAUGAUCAACUUUGCAAAGGCUGCGGCAAAGUAG